AUGCAUGUCUCCGUUUUUACGGCAUAGUCGGUAUGAUUUAGUAUUCGUUCAGCCGGCGGAAACAACGUAACCAAAAUCACAAUCAUUUCAAAUCAUAUCGACCAACAGUUUUAUUUGAAUUUUUAAAUAUUCCCGAAAAACGAGGAGUUUCUUUUUUAUUUCGAGUGAAAAGUGUGAAAUUUAAUCGUCUGUGAUUCCGGCUUUGUAAACACAAAGGAAGACACAAAGAAGAAAUUGAAUGUGUCUUGGUGUAAGUGUGUAGUGAUUUUCGGCAAUUGCUUCUGUGUCGAAAAUUGACCCAACAACAACUGUCCAUAUUUAUAACAACAACGAUAUUCUCAAAAAAAAAAAAUCAUUAUAUUUUUUUUUUAAUUAUAACCUUUCACGACUCAUACGACAGUUGUUUUUUUUUUCAAUUCAUUUGGUUUGUGUGUGAGUGUUGAAAAAUUAAAUGAAAUGUACGCAAUUCGUCGAUAUGUGAAUUUCAUUAAUUUUGAGAAAUAUGGUCGUUUGGCAAACAUUAUCAGCGGUCAAAGUUCUUUGAUGGCCAAUAGAACAUUUUACACAUAUUCACCAGAGCCUAGUCAGCCAAUUAAUCGAGAUCCGACAUUCUGUUCAAUUGAAGACGCCGUCAAAUGUGUCAAAUCAGGUGAUACGGUAUUUGUUCAAGGAGCUGCCGCAACUCCGACAAAAUUGGUUUAUGCGCUGGCUGAACAUGGCAAAGCCGCUAACUUGAGUGAUGUACAGAUUUGUUCGAUGCACACCGAAGGUUUGGCCGAAUACACCGACCCAUCGCUGGAGAAAACGUUCCGUUCGGUAUCAUUUUUCAUGGGUGGAAAUGUUCGUAAAGCGGUUUCAGAGGGACGUGCCGACGCUGUGCCAAUCUUUCUGCAUGAAAUUCCAAAACUCUUCCAUCAAAAAAUUUAUCGACCAGACGUUGCGUUGAUUUCCGUGAGUCCACCUGAUCAACAUGGCUACUGUUCGUUGGGAACGAGCGUUGACUGUGUCCGAGCUGCUCUACAACAUUCCAAAUUGAUUGUCGCUCAAAUCAACAAACAAAUGCCACGUACAUUCGGAGAUUCAAUUAUUCAUCAGUCACAUUUCGAUUUUGCCGCUCAUAUUGAUGUGCCGCUACCAUCGCAUGGUGGAAAAGGGCAAACUGAACAGGAAACCAAAAUCGGCCAGUUGAUUGCAGAGAAUCUGGUCGAUGAUGGUGCAACUUUACAAAUGGGAAUUGGAAAUAUUCCCGAUGCGGUUUUAACUGCUUUGCAUAAUCAUCAAGACCUUGGUAUACAUUCAGAGAUGUUUGCCGAUGGCGUUGUUGACUUGGUGAAAAAUGGAUGCGUUACAAAUGCAAAGAAAGUCAUUCAUAAAGGCCGUAUCGUUGGCUCAUUUUUAAUCGGAACGAAGAAAUUAUAUGAUUUUGUUGAUAACAAUCCAUUUAUUGAAAUGUUGGAUAUUGCCUACGUAAACAAUGUUGGAGUAAUUGCACAAAAUCCAAAAAUGACUGCCAUCAAUUCGGCUAUUGAAGUUGAUCUCACUGGUCAAGUAUGCUCUGACUCAAUCGGAACACGGAUGUAUUCAGGAUUCGGUGGUCAGGUUGAUUUCAUUCGUGGUGCUGCCGAGGGUUUCGAUGGAAAGGGAAAACCAAUUAUUGCAUUGCCUUCAGUUACAAAACGUAACGAAUCAAAAAUUGUUCCAACGGUUAAAUUGGGUGGCGGUAUUGUGACAUCUCGGGCUCAUGUUCAUUAUGUUGUUACCGAAUUUGGUAUCGCAUAUUUGUUCGGCAAAACGUUACGGCAAAGAGCACAUGCUCUCAUCAAUAUUGCGCAUCCAGACCAUCGUGAGAGUUUGGAAAAAGCGGCAUUCGAGCGAUUGAAAUGUAUGCCCAGCGCCUAAGAAUCCAUACAAGUAUUAUAUUUGUCAUUUAAACUCUAGAAAGUUGAAGAAAUUUGUUAAGACCUAAAUUUGGAACGAUUUAUCUGAAUAUUUCAAUAGAAUUCGAAACAAAAUAAAUUGGUUUAAGAGAAAAACAUUAAACAAAAUA